GCAUGCGUAGCGGAAACAAUAACAAUAUAUACUUUUAGCAAAAGUCGGUCAAUCGAAAAAAGUUGUGUGAUACAUGUUUUUUUUUAUAUGAAUAGUUAAACUUUCGAUAGUUGAAUGAUAAAUAUCACAUGAAAUAAAUGAGGAAAACAUUAAUUCAACAACAGGUAGUUAUACGGCCGACUGAAGAUUUAUUGAGUGCGUUGAUAUGACCCACAUCUGGACUUCUGGGUCGCUUUAGUGCAAAUUUUGUCGUUUUCAAAACACUGCACAAGAAUUGGCUGCAGGGGAAUAAAGCAGUUUCCACAGGUGCACAUCUUCAACUGCCAAACUGUCGUCAGAAGCGGCUGAGCGCGAGUCGUCCUCAACGACUCUCGAGCAUGGACGCCUCUCCAUGUCCCGGGUGUCCACGCCUCCCCCGCCAGACAUGUCCUGUCCUGUGGCGGAGAACUGGUGCUAUACACAGGUGAAAGUAGUAAAGUUUUCUUACAUCUGGACGAUCAACAACUUUAGCUUCUGUAGAGAGGAGAUGGGGGAAGUGUUGAAGAGCUCCACAUUCUCAGCAGGGGCUAAUGACAAAUUGAAAUGGUGUCUGCGUGUAAACCCAAAGGGCCUCGAUGAAGAAAGUAAAGAUUAUCUCUCACUGUACUUACUGCUAGUCUCAUGUAAUAAAAGUGAAGUAAGAGCCAAGUUUAAGUUUUCCAUACUCAACGCAAAGCGAGAAGAAACAAAAGCAAUGGAGUCUCAGCGAGCAUAUCGGUUUGUGCAAGGGAAGGACUGGGGCUUCAAGAAGUUCAUCAGGAGAGAUUUCCUCAUGGACGAGGUGAAUGGCUUGCUGCCCGAUGACAAACUCACCAUCUUCUGUGAGGUGAGCGUGGUAGGGGACACAGUGAAUGUGUCAGGCCAGUCCAAUUGUACCCCGGUGAAGGUGCCUGAGUGUAGACUCAGUGACGACAUGGGCAGCCUCUAUGAGCGCACGCUCUUCUCUGAUGUGACCCUCUGUGUGGGAGGCCGGGAGUUCCAGGCACACAAAGCUGUCCUAGCAGCUCGAUCAAUGGUGUUCAAUGCAAUGUUUGCACAUGAGAUGGAAGAAAAGAAACAGAACCGUGUGGACAUCGCUGACGUGGACCAUGAAGUGAUGCGGGAGAUGCUACGCUUUAUCUAUACAGGGAAAGCUCCCUACUUGGAGAAAAUGGCAGAUGACUUAUUGGCAGCUGCAGACAAGUAUGCAUUAGAUAGAUUGAAAGUGAUGUGUGAAGAAGCGUUAUGUUCCAAUCUUACAAUAGACAAUGUCUGUGAAAUCUUGGUGUUGGCUGACCUGCACAGUGCUGACCAACUGAAAACCCACGCUAUAGACUUCAUCAACAGCCAUGCUACAGACGUGAUGGAGACCCAGGGCUGGAAGACUCUGAUCACCUCCCAUCCCCACCUGAUAGCUGAUGCCUUCCGUGCCCUCGCCUCCCAGCAGAGUCCGCCCCUGGGGCCGCCCAGAAAGCGUAUCAAGCAGUCCUAGGGAGCCUGUGACCUGCAGGGAGUAGGCAGAUCUGAUACUGGGGCUCACACAUGUGUGCUCAACCUGUCAACAGCCCAUCACAUCCUUCAAGCAACUCAACAGCUGUGUUUGUACUAAUGUAUUGAUGACUGAUGUAUGCAGGGGGUAGGCAACAGUGAACAACUUGAUGAUUGCUUGUCUUGAUAAUGCAUUUAGUCAAUAACUAGAAAUCAUGUGUACAGCUGACCGUCUCCUGCUUGUGCAGUAAGGGAUUUUACAACCAAAGGAAAUAUUGAGUUUUUUUAAGACUGUACAUUAAUUUCCAAAGCUUUUGACUUCUGUGGACUUAUUGUUCAUUUAGACCAACAAGUACUGUGUACAUUAGUUGUGUUAUUGAUGGUUUGUUUUGUAAGACAUCUUGAAUAUGUUGUAACUCUUCUACGUUUCCAGUGUUAGCUUUAAGAAAGAACUGACCAGUAUCUUACAGAGAUCUGUUGUCUGAGGGUUUGAACACUAUGCCCCUCCCCUUUUUAAGAAGCUGAUUGAUCAUCAGAUAGACGGCCUGUUUGUGGGUCUGUUCUGACAGGUGGGGCUGCGGGGCAGGCAGGGGGAUGACUUCUUGAUGAUGUCAACGCAGCCUCAGCACUUUCAAGCAGCCUAUGUGCAGUUUCAGACAAUAUGAUGUUUGAUAGAUUUAAUAAAUGAGUGGAUUGAUAUAAUACUUAUAAUUUAGUAAACUUUUAUACAUCUUGAUUUCAGACUUGCAUUACAAACUGUAUGGAUUAAUUUUCAACUGACAUGACUUAAGUUUCAUGAAGCAUUGAAAGAAGAGGCUUGAUUCUGACUUUCAAUGUUAACAAACUCGUGCACAACUCAUGUUCCAUACUGCAUACUUAUUUUGUUGUUCUUUCAAUAUUAGCAAACUGAAAGAUAAUAAAAAGUGCUUAUGAAGCAAGUGUGAGAUCAGUGAGCAUACCUGUUGUAUAUGCAAGGUGAUGCAGUUGGACCCAG